AGGAUUUGAAUUGAUUAUUUAGUACGUAGUAAUUCCCGACAGGGAUAGCUAGCACAUUCGUGAUAUCUUGGCUGUAGAGAUAUAGAUUAAAUUGAUUGGAAUCUGUGAAUUAAUCUGGAUAGGAUAGGUAGUGAGUCUCGGUGUUUCUCCCAUAGCUUUCUCCCAUUAAUUUAAACCCGACACUUUAAUUUGCUUAAUUAGUUAAUUUUGCUAGUAGUUAAUAAUCUCGUUAAACCAUUUUCACCUAUAGUUUGCUCUACAAAAUUGAUAGAACUUAAGGUUGUACCAGUCCCUGAGAGACGAUACUCGGACUUUCCGGUUUACUACGAGAUAGGAAAUUGGAAUAUACGCUUUUGCCCUACCAAGUUUUUGGCGCCGUUGCUGGGGACUGCCAUACCUUAUUUUUGUUGAUUUUUGUGAGUGAGGUAUUUUGAUCUGGGUGUUAGUGUGCAGGUGAAUUUUUCAGGUUUAUCCUCCUCGUGCAUGCCAAGGAGGACGACUGGCAAUUUACUGCCACUAGAUCCCGAGAUCGAGAGGACUUGCCGACAGAACAGGAAGCAUGUCAAGUUAGGGAAGCAGCCUACCACAUCCACAACUCCUAGGCCUUCCCUAACUCAGAAUCGUCAACCGAGAAGGCAGGUGUCACCACCUGUCAUCCCUACACCACCGACACCGCCGCCGUGCAUCAUCGAGCCUGUUAUCAUGGCACAACAGGAUCGUUCGAUAAGGGCUCGCUUGAAUCGAAGGACUGGAGCCCGAGCUUCAUGUGUUGUCAUUCCGGCUGGGGAUGCAAACAUGGAGAUUACCCCAGCCUUCAUCAAUAUGAUCACUAAUGGGUACACCUUCUCCGGGGCUAGCAGUGAGGAUCCUCAUGAGCAUCUUCGCCGGUUCGCGAGCAUUUGUGAUACUAUGAAGAGCCCGACCGUGUCUGAUGAUGCAAUCCGUCUUCGGAUGUUCUCAUUUUCUCUGCUAGGGAAUGCAUCACACUGGUUCCAAAACUUAACACCCCGUUCCAUCACGACAUGGGGCCAGCUUGAGAAGGUAUUUCUGGAUAAAUACUUCCCACCUGCCUUGGCAAUGAAGAGGCAAGAAGAGAUUGUUACUUUUAAGCAGGCUGAUGAUGAGAGUCUAACUGAGGCAUGUGAGCGCUACAAGGGGCUGUUGAUGAGAUGCCCAAGCCAUGGUCUUGAAGAUUGUAACGUGAUCAUUAUUUUCUUCAAUGGAAUCAGAAGAGAGUUUUGGGAUGCCCUGAAUAAUGCUUCUCGAAAUGGUUUCACAAGCAUGGAGGCACCAGCAGCAUAUGAUCUGGUAGAGAAGAUCUGUUCAGAAGCCACUGAAUGGGGUAGUGAGACCAGUAUUCGAAGGAGAGGAGGCUUGCAUGAGAUAGACAAAGCUGCAAGUUUAGAAGCAACGAUUGAUGCUAAGCUGGAUUCCAAGUUCGAUGCACUCGAAUGAAGGCUGGCCAAGAUUGCUUUGGGUAGACAAGAGGAGGUUGCUUCAUGUGAACUUUGCGAGGGUCCUCAUCAUAGGAAUAUGUGU